AUGGAUCUCGCCAGGGUCCUCCCGAAGCCGACGUCCUUUCGACUAGCCCAGCUGGCUCAAGAUGCAUACGACCUGCCGUUGAAGGCUUUCAACCAAAAUGGCAGCCCAGAGCCGCAUCCGUCUCUUGCCUACCUUUGUCUUCUUGUUUUCGAGGCUGUCCUAGAAGUCGUCUGCGUCAGCUUGCCGGGCUACAUUAUCGCUCGGCUGGGCCAUUUCGAUGCUGACAAGCAAAAAUUCUUGGCGAACUUGAAUGUUAUGCUGUUCACGCCAUGUCUCAUUUUCACGAAGCUUGCGUCGCAGUUAAACGCUGAAAAACUAUCCGAGCUCGCCAUCAUUCCCGCCAUCUUUGUUGUCCAGACCGCCGUGUCAUGGAUUGUUUCCGCUCUUGUCGUCAGGGUCUUCCGAUUCAAUAAGCGGGCUUCCAACUUUGUCACUGCCAUGGGUGUCUUUGGAAACUCGAAUUCACUUCCUAUCUCGCUUGUCAUGUCACUUUCACAGACGAUCAAGGGUCUCCACUGGGACAGAAUACCGGGUGACAAUGACGAUGAGGUUGCUGCCCGAGGCAUCUUGUAUCUCUUGAUUUUCCAGCAACUCGGCCAGUUGGUGCGCUGGAGCUGGGGAUACCACGUUCUGCUGGCUCCCAAGAACAAGUAUGCAGAGUACCAAGACGAAAUUUCUGAGGCUGGUCAGCAACGGUAUCGCGACGAGCCUGUGGAGAACGAAAAUGGCCAUCUUUCUGACAACCUCGACGGUGAUACGAUAGAGGAGGAUGAGACACAAAGUGUUGACUCCCAUGACUACAUUCCCGCGGGUCGAACUCCGACUGCUGGUGCGUCGCAUGCGUCUGGGACGGAGUCUAGUGAUGACGAGGAACUGCUGUCGCCCAAGAAGGCCAAGGCAGGCUAUUCAACUUUCCCCAAUGGACAGAAUGUGGCUGUCAACGGCAACGACAACACCAUGUUUGCGUUUCCUCAUAUUCGAAGUCAUGCCGCUAAAGGAAACUGCCUAUGGACUAGUGUCAAAGCCUCCAUCGGCAGUAUUAUGCUGCGAGCGUACAAUGCCAUGCCUCGUCCCUUGCGAGUUACUGCGUCGUUCUUGAAGCAAGUCGGUGUCAAAACGGCGGUUUUCGUUUGGGAAUUCAUGAACCCUCCUUUGUGGGCCAUGCUUUGUGCUGUUCUUGUUGCCUCUAUUCCGUCGCUUCAGAAACUGUUCUUCGAAGAAGGCACUUUUAUCAAUAACAGUGUCACUAAUGCCGUCGUAUCAAGCGGGGGAGUUGCUGUGCCAUUAAUUUUAGUCGUCUUGGGCGCGAAUCUGGCGCGAAACACCACAGCUUGCGAAGACAGCCACGACCCUGAGGAGGAGCAGAUUGGAACCAAGUUGCUUGUUGCAUCGCUUUUGAGUCGCAUGGUCCUUCCUACCGCCAUCAUGGCCCCGAUCCUAGCCAUCACUGCCAAAUAUCUUAACGUCAGCAUCUUGGACGAUCCAAUCUUCAUCAUAGUCUGUUUUCUUCUCACGGGUGCGCCAAGCGCUCUGCAGCUGGCUCAAAUUUGCCAAAUCAACAUGGUUUUCGAAAAGACCAUGGGCCGUAUCCUGUUCCAGAGCUAUGUCAUUUGGAUUCUUCCGUCUACCUUGGUUCUCGUUAUGAUGGCGCUCGAAGUCGUGGAGUGGGCGAAGUAG